GUUUCAUGUAAAUUGGUGGGAUUUUUAAGCAGAAGGAAGCCAGGUGGUGACAAGACCAGCGGGAAUUCAGGCAGGGGGGUGGGGGGCGGGGUGAAGACAUUAAAAAUGUCUAGGAGACCUGGAGCCUGUGAAACGUAAAGCGCUUGGCAAACUUUAAACAGUUUACGCUCUUAUUGCUACUUUUUGUGUCUUUCUGCAGUGGAGAGCUCGGGAGCGCCAGCAAGCCCAAGAGGGAGAAACAAUUUCUCACUCGCAUCUUUACGGUUUAUCAAAAUAGCUCCAUCCUCGCCGGAAUGCUUUAAGUGGGGGAGAGGGGAAGGGAGGCGGGGCUUCCAGAGAAGAACGGCCAAUCCCAACGCUCAUUUGGAAGGAGCCCCGCCCCCUACCGCGCUCCACCUAAAAGCUCUUAGGCGGCCAGCUGCGAUCUCCCGGGCCCAGGGCGUGAACUACCUGGCUGCCGCGCCCUCGAACGUCGGAGGAGCGGUUGCAGCCCAGGUGUUGGACUUUGGCCGGCCCCAGCCGGUAGGGUCAUCUGCGCCGUGAUUGGCUGUGGGGGCCAAGGCCACGGCCGGUCGAGCGGCGUUCGUUAACGAUUGGAGGGUCUCUGCGCUCCCCACAGCGACUGGCUGGUGCGCCCGUCGGUGUUAGCGCUGCUCGCAACUCCCGAGUCGUGGAGCAGCGGCGGGAAGGGUCGGCGCCUUCUUCCGUCUGACUGAUUGGACAGCGCGGGCUCGCUCCACCGCCGUGCACUUGAACGGGGAGUUAAGGUCAGUGUCCCGGGAGGAAGAGGAAGGCGGCUGAAUUGGGAAAGGAUCCGAGUUUGAGUUCAGCCACGCCGCUCAUCUCCGGGCUACCCCAGCCUUCCUCUCAAGGUCAUGGCCAAGGCGAGCGCCCUGGAGAGCCUCCAGGUGGAGGCGAGCUGCGCCAUCUGCCUGGACUAUCUGAACGACCCGGUGACCAUCGACUGCGGCCACAACUUCUGCCGCAUCUGCAUCUUGCGCUGCUGGGAGGAGCUGGAGGAGCGCUUCCCCUGCCCGGUGUGCCGCCGCCACUUUCCCCUACGCUCUUUCCGCACCAACCGGCAGCUGGGCAACGUGGCGGAGAUCGCGCGCAAGCUGAGCCCCAAGCGCAGCAAGCGCAGGCGGCACGAGGAGGCGGUGUGCGAGAAGCACCAGCAGGCGCUGAGCCUCUUCUGCGAGAAGGAGCGCGAGGUGGUGUGCCUGGUUUGCUGCAUCUCCUGUGAGCAUCGCGACCACCGCGUGGGCCCCGUCGAGCGGGCGGCCCUGUGCCACAAAAAGAAGCUCCGCGCCUACCUGGGGCCCCUGAAGCGUCAGGUGGAGGACUUGCGCCAUUUCAUGGCCGGCGAGCAGAGGAAGCCCGGCGAGCUUCGGGAGAAGGUGGAGAACCGACGGCAGAAGCUGCACUCGGAGUUUGAGAAGCUGCACCAGUUCCUGGACGAGGAGCACCAGGCGGUGCUGCGGCGGCUGGAGGACGAGGAGAAGGAGAUCCUGCAGAAGCUGAGCGAGAACGUGGCCAAGCUCUCUGACCACGGCGCCACCCUGCACAAGCUCAUCGCCGAGAUCCAGGAGCGGUGCCAAAAGCCCGCGGUGGAGGCUCUCCGGGGCAUCAAGCACAUCAUCAGCAGGUGUGAGAACGCCAAGAUCCCGGCUGCCGUCUCCUUGGAGCUCAAGAAGGACACCUGCAGCUUCCCUCUGCAGCAUUUUGCGCUCAAGAAGAUGAUCAAGAAGUUCAAAGUGGAUAUCACGCUAGACCCCGCGACGGCACAUCCCAACCUGGUCCUCUCGGAGGACCGGAAAAGCGUGAGGUUCGUGGAGACUAAGCAGGAUCUCCCCGAUCUCCCGGAGAGGUUCACUUUUUACCCUUUCGUCCUGGGUUCCGAGGGCUUUUCGUCGGGCAGACAUUACUGGGAGGUGGAUGUCGGAGACAAGACUCAGUGGACCCUGGGGGUUUGCAAAGACUCGGUUACCCGGAAGGGGAAGAUCCAAGUGUCUCCCGAGGAUGGCUACUGGAGACUGAGGUGGUACAAGAAUGAAUACACCGCCCUGACCAAGUCCCCGCUCCCCCUCCUCCUAAAAAUAAAGCCCAAUCGAAUUGGCAUUUUUCUGGAUUAUGACUUGGGGGAAGUCUCCUUUUACAAUCUGAACGACAGGUCUCAUAUUUAUACCUUCAGUGAGACUUUCACCGAAAAACUCAGGCCUUUUUUCUACCCCGGCAUCCAUUCAUCGCCUCUUAUCAUACGGCCAGUGACAGACUGGGAAUGAUGAACUGAACCUGGAAAUCUCAACUUGAUUUUUGUGUAUCACUUUCUCCUUUCAAUUUCUAGAAUACGAUAAUGCUGAUAUUUCCUUUUCAUUAACCAAGUCUCCCCCUCCCCUCCCCUUUUAGUUACCUGUUUGCCUAUCUGUCUGGAUGCUGUUUAAAAGAGGCUUGAGGGACGAGAGAGGCUUUUUAAUUAAAAAACAAACAAUAACCAAAAAAAAAAAAACCUAAAUCCUUUUUCCAGGUAGGUAGGUAGGGAAAAACCCAAUUUUACAUUUUUAGAAACAACAGACCCUUACUCUUAACCUUACCCACUAAUAAAACAUCAGCUGAAGGGAGGAGUUUUAAACUGGCAUUCCAGGAUACUACCUAAACCUCAGUAUUGUCAUGGGUCUGAAAAAGCAUUUGCUCUUUCUCCUCUUUCGUUUUGAGUUAGCAACACCCUUCCCUCUAUUUCCCAGCAAAAUGCUUGUGAAUGUGUGACUUGUCACAAAGUUUAUCAGUUUAUACAUUAAAAAUUAGUAAUGGUGGUACCCCACUCCUUUCCCUUGAUAAGUCUCAGAAAAUGACAAAUUACCUAAGUGUCUCUAAGGGAAUAAAAUUUCCCUUAGGGAUCCCUCCAGCUCUUUGUAACAUUUUAAGCUGGCAGUAGGAACUCAAAUUUAUUCUAGUGAUCACUGCUGUUUGUAAAAUGAUUAUACCAUAAUGUUUUAUUUUGCAUUUCUUGACUUGCUAGUAUGUCGGGACACUCUGAUCUGAUUCAUGUCUAAACUGUUGGGAUUUUUUUUUUUUUAAGAAAUAUUAACAACAAAAUAUCAGAAAAUAUUAUCCUUGAAAAUUGAAGUGUCUUUAAAAUAAUUGUUAAAAAAAAUCUAACAAGAGUCUAUUUUUGGAAAAAAAGCUUUGGACAGAAUAUUCAGAGGGGUGUGGGUUAUAAAAGCAUAGACUACUCUUAACACUGAGCUGAGUGGAACUUAGGAGCCUCAGUUUCCUUAUCUAUAAAAGGGAGAGUAAGAGUGUUACUUUUAAAACUAGGAACUGAAGUAAUCUGACGCACAUGAAAGUAAAAUAAAUUCUUUCUUUAUAAAUAUGUUUAUAUGGUUACGAUCUGCACAUAAUUUCUGAAAUUCACAUUUUUAUAUAUAAACAAACCAUAAUAUUUAAUACUUGUUCGCUGUUCUAUCCUGAUACUAUUAAUUUGGUCAGUUACCCUCUUGCUUUCAGGCAUUUUGGUUAUUUCCAAUCUAUCACUUAGAUGAUACUAUUAAUUUGGUCAGUUAUCCUCUUGCUUUCAGGCAUUUUGGUUAUUUCCAAUCUAUCACUUAGAAUUUUGCUUUAAAUUGUUAUUAACUUUUUUGAGUGGGACUUAUUUCCUCAGGAUAAUGCUCAGAAGUGGAUUACAGAUCACACACAGCUCCAGCUCCUAUUUGCUCUCAAACUAAAGACUGGACUAAUUAUAGUUGCACCUGGAGUAUAUUCUCCUUCCUCUCUCAUACUAACUUUGGGUCUUUUUCAUUGCUAGUUCUAAUAGUUGUUAUUGUACCUUAAAGUUUUUAAUGAAUGUUAUUUUCAUUGUUAUCAUGAAGCUGCAUCCUUCCAUCUUAUUUACUCUUAUGUCUUGACAUUUUGAGUGUAAUUCUUACAUGUGAAUUUGGAUAGUAAACUGACCAGUGAUAUUGAUUCA